CAGCAGGAAUUGUGGAACAUGUGGGUGCAAAAUUUUGUGUGUAAUUAAAAUCAAAAAAAAUUGUCAAAAUUUAAAAAUGGAGACCGAAAAUGUUGAAAACGAGAAAUCCGUUUCACAACAAGAGGAAGGAGAACAGCAAAACAGCGAGCUUGUUGAAGUUCUCUCACAACAACCAGAGGGAACAACCUUAGAAGACGUAACAUCGAUACACACCUACCAGAUCGCAAUAUGCCCGUUUCGUGGAGUAAGCUCCAAAUCAACCAUAGUAGAUGAAUCCGAGGACUUUCCUGAACCUGUAGAUCCUCUUGAGCGAUUGCUGACCGAAGAAGUGCCAAUCGAAUCCAAGCGUUCCUUCGUCGAAAUCUAUGUAGGAGAAUGUCGUAAAUACGGCGUAACUCCGUUGCGAUACGUCUGUGAAAUUUUGGAAGAUGGCGAGCAGAAUUCGGAUCAAACUGUUGACAUAGAUCUGAAUCGCAUCGGUUGCAGCAACCUUCAAGUGCAGAUCAUUCUCGACUGCUUGGUGAUGGCUUGUCCGGAGCGCAUAAAUGACCUCAACCUGAGCCACAACUUGUUGAUGAACGUGCCGUUGGCCGUCAGCCUGGCCAACCUUCUACAGCUUGCGCAACGAAUCGUUCAUCUAGAUCUAUCUCACAGCUCCCUUGGCGACGAUGAAGUAGCAUUGACCCUGGUAGAAGCCCUCGCCAACUCGGCCGUUCGCAGGCUAAAUCUCUCGCACUGCCACCUGAACGAUAGCAGUGGUAUGGGGCUGUUUAAAUCGUUGUCCUUAUCGUUCAACAUCGAAGAGAUCGACGUCAGCUGGAACAGGUUGGAACACUUAACGGGCGUGGCGGCAGGGACGUUUCUCAGCGCCAAUUCGACCAUUCAGGAACUAAACCUGGCCGGUAACUUCCUCUAUCUGGAGAAGGAGUGCAUCGUCCCAUUUCUCAAGGAGCUUGCGAAGAACGAAUCGCUCAGGAAGCUGAAUCUAUCGUGGAACGCCCUGCGUGGUACUCUUUUUAGUCCGGCACUGUACAAAGCCAUGACAACCAGCGGCCUUAAGGUUCUGAAUCUGGAAAUGAACUGUCUACGUUCGGAGGAGGCAACGUCCUUGCUCAAAGCGUUUCGCAAAUGUGAAGUUCUUGAGGACAUCUAUCUCGGAGGAAACUUCUUCAGCGAAGAUGAAGUCAAAGAGCUGGUUAAGGCCUUUGGGCGUAAUCCGAACAUGAAGCUGCUCUCCCUCGGAGAGUAUCAGUUCGUUAACAAAGUGGCUGGAAGGCUUUCGAAACGUUUCAUGAAACGGGACCCUACGAAAUCUAUCAUCUACCAAGGUGUUCUGCUGUCGAAUCCUCCGCGCCCGGUGGACGUCCCCGAAAUGCUCCUCGAUAGAUGUCGCUUCCUGGGCUUCAAACCGAAGAAGAAGAAAAGAAAACGUGACUUGGGUCACCUGAUGCUCCAACUUCAAAAACUCGAAAACCCCCUGCUGGAAAGAGAAGACUUCAUCGCCAUGGUCAAGAAGUUCCGCAUCAAGUUGGACAAGAGCUUACUCGGUGCGCUGAUGGAUGCCUUUGCGGAACGGAAGUUAGUCGACAGUGCGGCCAUGGCCGUGAAAUAUCUGGGGAAAUACCCCACCGAGUUGCCACCGGAGAAGCCGAAAAAGGCGAAGAAGAAACGGAAAAAGAAUGGGAAUGGAGCGGCUGUUGGUAAGAGAAGCGAGAAGGCGAAAAAAUAGUUGUGUCACAAUAAAAGGCGUAAA